AUGGACAAGACUCUCUAUUUUCUUUUCCGAGGAGAUCUUUUAGCCUGUCUUGAGCAGAGUCUAUUGGAGGAUGAGAGCUGGUACCAAAGCUUCUCCAUUGGCUUCCAGCCUUACAUGAGCGUGACAGAGUCAGCAAAGGAGAAGUUUAGAUCACUGAGCACACCAAGGCAACGUAUAGGGGUGAUGGAUUCUUGGUUGGAUGAUAGUAAGAAGGAUAGGGAUAAAGUAUACCUCUGGUCUUCCUUUGUCAGUGAAAGUACUAGUAAAAUGAGCAGCUCUAAGAAGUCAUCUCUGGCACAUUCAUGA